GUGUUCUUACUCGAUGGCGGUCAUUAGGCGUGUCCGGGGCGUAAGCGUCGUGUUCCUGUGCGCGUGGCUGGGCCUCGCCGGCGCCCAGGACAUCGUGCGGGCGCAGCAGCUGCCCCUCGAGGACCUCCCGCUCAUCUUCCUCCCCGUCAGCCGCGCCCGCAAGCUCUCCGUCGUGCCCGCGGUGCCCAGGCGGUUCACGGUGACCCCCAUGCGCCCUCUGCCCUUCGAGGCCGCGGGGAAGGCGCUGGCGGGGGGACGCGCGUCAGCGAACAGUGUCUUGGGCGGGACGCCUUCGCCCACUCAGGGCCAUGGCGGCGCGCAGGUUAUCCCGGCGCCCUUUUCCACUUCGGUCGUCACGACCUCGUCCUCGACCUCCUUCUCUUCGCCCUCGCCUUCUUCCCGGACGGCGCCUCCCGAGGGCUCAGCCGUCACCAAGGUCCUCGUCACACCGGCCACGCGGCACUCCGCCCCCGCAGGCCCCAACCACCUCCGAGGGCCGGGCGCCGCGGCCCCCACGCCCGCCUUCUUCUCCAAGCCCACCAUCCGGCGCGGCAGCACCAUCGCCACCAUCAGGUUCCGCGUGCCCGACAGCAAGUCCUCCCGCAGCUUCGACGGGCAGGACGGGCAGUUCCCGGCGCUCAUCGGCUUCGUCCACCGCCCCUCCAGACGGUCGACGCAGGAGGCGGAGGCCCACGCCUUCGGGGGGCGCCUCCUGACGUCUCCCAUCGGGCUCUUGUACGGCCUGUGGUGAGAAGGCCCGGAGGAGGCAGCGAGGUCAAAGGUCAUCACGGGCGGCCCUCAUCGUGGGUCAUCUUCCUCGAGAGAAGCUGAAAGGUCGCGGAGGGAAUACUUGCAUCCCCUCCCCCCCCAUCUCCUU